CCUCUUUACAUUUCAUUACCCUAAACGGACGUUAAUUCGUCAAUGAAAACUCCUUUCUCUUAAAAUGGAACUUGAAGCGAAGAAAUAAACCCUUUCUAACGCUCCAUAAUUAUAUUUUAUUUAAGAUUAUCAGUAGAUCAUUUGAUUUUCACUCUCAAAAUUUUACUCCAAUUAAACCUAUCUCUCAAUUUACUAAUUAUUCGAAUCCCAAAGAAAAUUUCCUCCCAAUGGAGGAUGCAUUUGCCAGAUCCGUUCCAGAGGUUUUGGAAUUCUUUGGAGUUGAUCCGAGUAAAGGUCUCACUGAUUCUCAGGUGAAGGAGAAUGCUAGAAUUUAUGGAAGUAACGUACUGCCUCAAGAGGAAAGUACUCCAUUUUGGAAGUUGGUCUUGAAGCAGUUUGAUGAUUUGCUUGUUAAAAUACUGAUCGCUGCUGCUAUUGUUUCAUUCAUUCUGGCUUUGGUUGAUGGAGAGACUGGCCUAACAGCAUUUCUGGAACCUUCUGUCAUCUUGCUGAUAUUGGCUGCAAAUGCAGCAGUUGGUGUGAUUACGGAGACAAAUGCUGAAAAAGCUCUUGAGGAGCUUCGAGCAUACCAAGCUGAUGUUGCAACGGUCCUACGAAAUGGUUGCUUCUCAAUCCUACCUGCAACAGAUCUUGUCCCAGGCGAUAUAGUUGAAAUUAGUGUUGGAUGCAAAGUUCCUGCAGACAUGAGAAUGAUUGAAAUGCUAAGCAAUCAACUCCGUGUCGAUCAGGCAAUCCUUACUGGUGAGAGCUGCUCUGUGGCUAAAGAUCUUGAAUCAACCGUGGCUACAAAAGCAGUGUACCAAGAUAAGAAAAGCAUUCUUUUCUCAGGUACAAUAGUGGUCUCUGGGAGAGCAAAAGCUGUUGUGGUUGGUGUUGGCUCCAACACCGCGAUGGGUGGCAUACGCGAUGCAAUGUUAAAGACAGAAGAUGCAGCAACUCCAUUAAAAAAGAAGCUCGAUGAAUUUGGUACUUUUUUGGCCAAGGUUAUUGCAGGAAUUUGUGUCCUGGUAUGGAUUGUAAACAUUGGACAUUUUCGUGAUCCUGCUCAUGGUGGUUUCCUCCGAGGUGCAAUUCAUUACUUUAAGAUUGCCGUUGCUCUUGCUGUUGCAGCAAUUCCAGAAGGUCUUCCAGCUGUCGUUACAACGUGUUUGUCUCUUGGCACAAAAAGGAUGGCGCGGUUGAACGCUAUUGUAAGGUCUUUACCUUCGGUAGAGACCUUAGGAUGCACAACAGUGAUCUGCAGUGACAAGACUGGGACUCUAACAACCAACAUGAUGUCUGUAUCAAAGAUUUGUGUUGCCCAUUCAGUCCGCCAUGGUCCCAUUACUGCCGAAUAUUGUGUUAGCGGGUCAACUUAUGCUCCAGAAGGUGUAAUUUCUGACAAUGCCGGGACGCAGCUUGAUUUUCCAUCCCAAUCCCCCUGCCUUCUUCACAUCGCAAUGUGUUCAGCCCUUUGCAACGAGUCAACCUUACAAUACAACCCGGACAAGGCAAAGUAUGAAAAAAUUGGCGAGUCAACUGAAGUGGCCCUUCGUGUGCUAGCUGAAAAGAUUGGUAUUCCUGGUUUUGAUUCUAUGCCCUCAGCCCUCAGUAUGCUGAGUAACCAUGAACGCGCAUCUUACUGUAACCAUUACUGGGAGAAUGAAUUUAAAAAGGUUUCUGUUUUAGAUUUUUCCCGUGAUCGUAAAAUGAUGAGUGCCCUAUGCAGUCUAAAGCAACAGGGUAUUUUAUUUUCAAAAGGUGCCCCUGAAAGUAUAAUUUUAAGGUGCACAAGUAUUCUGUGCAAUGACGACGGUUCUAUAGCUCCAUUAACUUCAGAUAUGCAAGCUGAAUUGGAAGCUAGGUUUAAAAGUUUUGCAGGGAAAGAGACUCUCAGAUGUUUGGCUUUAGCUAUGAAAAGGAUGCCAGUUGGCCAGCAGACUCUCUCAUUUGAUGAUGAGAAGGACCUUACAUUCAUUGGAUUGGUUGGAAUGCUUGAUCCACCAAGGGAUGAAGUAAGAAAUGCAAUGCUUUCAUGUAUAACUGCUGGUAUACGUGUUAUUGUUGUUACUGGGGACAACAAGUCCACUGCAGAAUCUUUGUGCCGCCAAAUAGGGGCUUUUGACCACUUGGACGAUUUUGCUUCCCGUUCAUAUACUGCUUCCGAAUUUGAAGACCUCCCAGCCCUACAGAAAACGAUGGCAUUACAACGCAUGGUGUUAUUUACCAGGGUUGAACCAUCUCAUAAAAAGAUGCUCGUUGAAGCCCUGCAGCACCAAAGUGAAGUGGUUGCAAUGACCGGUGAUGGUGUCAACGAUGCGCCUGCACUGAAAAAGGCAGACAUUGGGAUUGCCAUGGGAUCAGGAACAGCUGUUGCAAAGAGUGCUUCAGAUAUGGUGUUGGCUGAUGACAAUUUUGCUUCAGUUGUUGCGGCUGUUGCAGAAGGAAGGGCCAUAUAUAACAACACAAAACAGUUCAUUAGAUACAUGAUCUCUUCAAAUAUUGGUGAAGUAGUUUGUAUUUUUGUUGCUGCUGUACUUGGAAUCCCAGAAACCCUUGUCCCGGUACAACUGCUUUGGGUCAAUCUGGUUACUGACGGAUUACCUGCUACUGCUAUUGGUUUCAAUAAGCAAGACUCAGAUGUGAUGAAGUCUAAACCCCGCAAGGUUAAUGAAGCUGUUGUGAGUGGGUGGUUAUUUUUCCGUUAUCUGGUAAUUGGAGCUUAUGUUGGCCUUGCGACAGUAGCUGGAUUCAUUUGGUGGUUUGUUUAUUCAGAGAGUGGACCCAGACUCCCUUACUAUGAAUUGGUCAAUUUUGAUACUUGUUCAACAAGGGAAACGACAUACUCAUGCAAUAUAUUUACUGAUCGCCACGCAUCUACUGUGUCAAUGACUGUACUAGUCGUUGUUGAAAUGUUCAAUGCUUUGAACAACCUUAGCGAAAAUCAAUCUCUACUUGUAAUACCUCCUUGGAGUAAUAUGUGGCUUGUGGGAUCAAUUAUUCUGACCAUGAUCCUUCACAUACUCAUCUUGUAUGUGCCACCUCUUUCCGUUCUUUUCUCUGUGAAACCAUUAUCAUGGGGUGACUGGACUGCCAUUCUAUAUCUUUCUUUUCCUGUUAUACUUAUUGAUGAGGUGCUAAAGUAUUUCUCAAGAAAUCCCCGAGGUAUAAGGUUAAAUCUUAGAUGGAGGAGAUCUGACUUGCUUCCGAAAAGAGAAGUUCGGGACAAGUAAAGGGUUGCAGACAUAUUUUUGGGUACACUAUACAUAGAUUCAUGUUGUUGUAAACAAAUUAAUUUAAUUAGGAAACUGGGUGGGGGGAGUACUUUCCCCCUUCUUUUAGGAUACGCAUUAUGUCACCCUGGUAUUGGCUGCAGAUGUGAACUUUCAGUCUCUCGUGUCAGUUAUAGUGAAAUCAAUAUCAUUUUAUUUGGUUUUGAUCUUAAUGUAAUUGAUAUUUAAAUUCAAUAUGAAGUUUUGGUUCAAUGUGUUAUUAGAAAUUUUGAUUUUGGUCCA